GCGGGAGGCCGCUCGCACCCGGCCCGCUCGCCGAAACUCGAACACAAAUCGAUACCCGCUCGCUCAAAUCACUCGAUCCCACGCACGUGACGAUUAUCAUCAUAAAACAAACAAAAGACAAUCGCCAAACAUGUAGCAACUUCACACUCCCGCCACUAAUUGCACCGCAAACGUACGCCAGCGGAAAAUGAACGCCGUGACAAGUGAAUGUGAACUGUGUUUUGUAUACGCAAUGCCAAGUUAAUUAGUGAUUAAUGCCUGUGCCCGCUUUUAGAGGCUUCUGACGGCGUGGAAGUGCCGAUACCUAGCAGAAUGAGAGGGGCAAAAGCGGUUUUCCUCAUUUUAUUUUUCGGCCAUCUUUCCGCUCUACCCGACACCAUAAGAAUAGGUGGGUUAUUUCAUCCUGAAGAUGACAAACAAGAGGUGGCCUUCCGUUAUGCGGUUGAGAGGGUGAAUGCCGACCGGGCAGUGCUGCCCAGGGCCAAAUUGCUAGCCCAAGUGGAAACCAUAUCGCCGCAAGACAGCUUCCAUGCUUCCAAAAGAGUGUGCCACCUCCUACGGAGUGGAGUCGCAGCCAUAUUUGGCCCACAAUCAGCGCCAGCUGCUGCUCACGUCCAGUCCAUCUGCGACACCAUGGAACUGCCCCACUUGGAGACCAGGUGGGACUACAGGACGAGGAGAGAAUCUUGUCUGGUCAACCUCUAUCCACACCCUGCAGCGUUAAGUCGGGCCUACGUGGACCUCGUAAGAGCAUGGGGAUGGAAAUCGUUUACCAUAGUUUACGAGAACAGCGACGGUUUGGUUCGGCUUCAGGAGCUACUCAAAGCCCACGGGCCUUCCGAAUUACCUGUGGCUGUCAGGCAGUUGCCGGAUUCACAUGAUUACAGGCCACUUCUGAAACAAAUAAAAAAUUCAGCGGAAUCACAUAUUGUGCUCGAUUGCGCGACGGAAAGGAUCAGAGACGUUCUCCAGCAAGCGCAACAGAUUGGUAUGAUGUCCGAUUACCAUAGCUACCUUAUCACCUCCCUGGAUCUUCACAGUGUAGACUUGGAGGAGUUCAAAUACGGCGGCACGAAUAUAACUGCGUUGAGAUUACUCGAUCCUGAGCGAGCUGACGUUCAAAGAGUAAUACGGGACUGGGUUUAUGACGAGGCUAGGAAGGGCCGUAAACUACAACUGGGACACACUUCAGCCAAGGAAAAUAUGACAUUUAUAAAGACAGAAACGGCUCUCAUGUAUGAUGCAGUACAUUUGUUCGCGAAGGCUCUGCACGAUCUCGAUACGUCGCAACAAAUCGAUGUGAGACCCCUCUCGUGCGAGGCUGAAGACACGUGGCCCCAUGGGUAUAGUCUCAUCAAUUACAUGAAAAUCGUGGAAAUGAAAGGCUUAACUGGAGUUAUAAAGUUCGACCACCAAGGGUUCAGAAGCGACUUCACUUUGGAUAUAAUUGAACUGACAAGGGACGGUCUACAGAAAGCAGGCACUUGGAACUCAUCAGAAGGCGUGAACUACACAAGGUCAUACGGAGAAAAUCAAAAGCAAAUAGUGGAGAUACUUCAGAAUAAGACCCUUAUUGUAACGACAAUUUUGAGUGCGCCGUACUGUAUGAGAAAAGAGGCAAGCGAGAAGCUGACUGGAAACGCACAGUUCGAGGGCUACGCCAUUGAUCUCAUUCACGAGAUAUCUAAAAUUCUGGGAUUCAAUUAUACAUUCAAGUUGGCGCCUGACGGUCGAUACGGCUCCUACAACCGAGAGACCAAAGAGUGGGACGGCAUGAUAAGGGAGCUGUUGGAACAAAGGGCCGAUGUUGCUAUCGCUGACCUCACCAUCACUUACGACAGGGAGCAAGUGGUCGAUUUCACGAUGCCCUUCAUGAAUCUUGGCAUCUCGGUGCUGUACCGCAAGCCUAUUAAGCAACCGCCGAACUUGUUCUCGUUUCUCUCGCCCCUCUCGCUCGACGUUUGGAUCUACAUGGCUACUGCUUACUUGGGAGUCUCCGUUUUGCUUUUCAUACUGGCCAGGUUCAGUCCGUACGAGUGGGACACCCCAAGGAACUGUCUAGACGAGCCGCCGGUGCUGGAGAAUCAGUUCACUCUGUUGAACUCGCUGUGGUUCACUAUCGGAUCCUUGAUGCAGCAAGGUUCGGAUAUCGCACCGAAGGCUGUUUCAACAAGAAUGGUAGCUGGAAUGUGGUGGUUUUUCACCCUGAUAAUGAUCUCGUCGUACACCGCCAACUUGGCGGCGUUCCUCACAGUCGAGAGAAUGGACUCCCCCAUCGAAAGCGCGGAGGACCUGGCCAAACAAACCAAGAUCAAAUACGGCGCUCUGAAAGGGGGCUCCACGGCUGCUUUCUUCAGGGACUCAAACUUCUCUACAUACCAACGCAUGUGGUCUUUCAUGGAGUCGGCCCGGCCAUCCGUUUUCACAAGCAGUAACAAGGAAGGAGAAGAAAGAGUGAUGAGAGGAAAGGGAUCCUACGCAUACCUGAUGGAGUCUACAACAAUAGAGUACGUGGUGGAAAGGAACUGCGACCUGACGCAAGUUGGUGGUAUGCUCGACUCAAAGGGAUAUGGAAUCGCCAUGCCUCCAAAUUCACCCUACCGCACGGCUAUAAGUGGAGCAGUUUUAAAAUUGCAAGAAGAAGGAAAAUUGCACAUCCUGAAGACGAAAUGGUGGAAAGAAAAGCGUGGUGGAGGGUCUUGUAGAGACGAUACAUCGAAGUCCUCAUCGACGGCCAACGAGCUCGGGCUGGGCAACGUGGGUGGUGUUUUCGUGGUGUUGAUGGGCGGCAUGGGCGUCGCGUGCGUCAUCGCUGUCUGCGAGUUCGUGUGGAAGUCUCGCAAAGUUGCUGUGGAUGAACGGGCGUCUCUAUGUUCUGAAAUGGCUUCAGAGCUGCGUUCUGCUUUGAAAUGUCCCAGUGGCGCUGGCAGCGGCGGGACACCGGGCAACCAGCGGGACGGGACGGGCUCCCCGUACCUGCACUACGGGUUUAGCACCAAGAGUCAGCUUCACUAGCGCCCGGACCCCGCCUCCUCGCCCCCCAGCGAUGUGUAGGCAUAGACAACAGUGAACUAACGAGUGAGCUAGUGAACUAACCAGUGAGCUAGUGGACUAACCAGUGAGCUAGUGAACUACCAAUCUCAACUUUGUGACAAGUGAAAAUGGUGAAUGUAAAUAAAUCUCAUAUCUCAUAGGGCUAACGUUGUUGUGAGUUAAUUAUUAAAUUAGAACUGUUAAUAGUCACGUCUCUGUAAGUGUCGGAUUAACAGUAUUAUUUACAUGCCAAAUUGAUAACUAUGUGCCAAUGAUCUCAUAGGUAUAUGAGCUGUUUUGGUUUAAAAUUUAAGAGUAAAAUAAACAGUAGUUGAUGUUUUAUAUCUAUAAAUCUAUUAGAGUAUAAAAACAUUUCAUAUAACGUUUAAAGUUGAAUAGACGUAAUACCUAUUUGACAGUAAAUUUCCAGAAUUUUAUGGUAACGUUACACAAUUUAUAAAAAUAAAUACAUAACAAAAUAUUAUUUAGGUGUUUAUACCCUACACAUGACUGAUUUUGUUUUGUUAUUAUUAUUAUUUUCGCCUUCUGGCAUAGUAUUUAUAUUGUAAUUGUAUAAACGCUUAUGAUAAAGCUGUUGUAAAUAAAUCUUUCCAACAUACAGAAUGUACUGCCACCCUAAUUAUUAAGUUAUUAUUUAUAGAACUUGCAUUUGCAAUUAUUUUUAUGUAAAACAUGUAAACUGCGACCUAACUACGUUUAUUAUCAAAACGAGUGCCAAUAUCAGAAAAACUUUAAAUAAGAUUUCAAAUAGAAAUCGACCACGAAGAACUCAAUAAUCGAAUAAUCGAUAAAAUUGUAUGCCAAAUAAUAUCGACCUCAAUUCUGUAUUAGGUAUAUUUUGUAAGUUUACAUUUUGAAGCUGAAUUUAAAUUAAUAAAUUGUUUUAAUAUUA